AUGGCGUCGGUUUCCGAAGCCCAAGCGCCCAACGAGGAGAAGGGUGAUCGUGUGCUCGAAACCGAGGAACAAAGGGCCAUUCUUGACCGUCAACUGCAUGGAUUACAGGAUGAGACUGCAAAGCGCAACCUAGGUCCAUGGACAUAUGCUAAUCAAUGGGAUUACAUUGUCCUUACUCUGAGUUCGAUCGCAGGAAUUGCAGCUGGAGCUGCGAAUCCUCUGCUAGUCGUCAUCUUCGGUCAACUUGCUGGGACUUUCACCGGAUUCGAAAAUGGAUCCAUACCGGGGUCAACUCUUCGCUCCAAAACUAAUCAAUUUGCCCUCUAUUACGUCUACCUGGCCGUGGCGGAAUUCGUCCUCAUCUACACGAGCACGGUUGGUUUCUAUUGGUCUGGUGACCGUAUCGUGCGCCGUAUGCGCAGGGCUUAUCUCAAGGCCAUAAUCCGUCAGAAUAUGAGCUUCUUCGACACCCUCGGCAUCGGCAAAGUGACAUCGCACAUCACUUCCGACAUGACUACCAUCCAGGAGGCGCUGACGAGCAAGCUAUCCAUAGCCUUGUACGCUGCUUCCAAUUUUUUGUCUGCCUUCAUCAUCGCCUUCAUCAUAUAUCCAAGGUUGGCCGGCAUACUUUGCAGCGUCCUGGUAGCCAUGAUCCUGGUGACCACUAGCACUACCCGUUUUGCUAUCAAGAACGACAAGAUCUCCAAGAAGUUUUAUUCUACGGCUGCUAGCAUUGCACAAGAGGCCAUCACAUCCAUCAGGCACGUUACCGCUUACGGCAGCCAGAAGCAGCUGGCCGAUAGAUACGAGCGUCUGCUGCGUGGUUCCGAGACAUCUGGCGUCAAGUCUCGUGUUUAUGUGGCCUUGCUAAUUGGUUGGUCGAGUGCUAUGCCCUGUUUCACCUAUGCUCUGGGCUGGUACGCUGGUGGUCAUUAUCUCAGCCAGGGGCACACCACCGUCUCGGCCGUCGUCAGCGCCACGGUGGCUAUCGUCAACGGCUCCUUUGCUAUGGUUCGUGUUAUUCCGACCAUGGAAAACUUUGUGUCUAGUAUUACCAGUGCAACUGCCACCUUUGAGAUCAUAGAGAGGCAAUCUCCACAGGACCCCUUUUCAACCGCUGGCGAGACUCCAGCCUCGGUUGAAGGAAAUAUCGAGCUCAAAGGUGUCGAAGUCGUCUACCCUUCCCGGAAAGAUACCAAGGUCUUGAAAGGAGUCGAUAUCUCCAUUCCAGCUUUGAAGACUACUGCGCUCGUCGGUCUCUCGGGCUGCGGCAAGAGCACCGUCCUCGGCCUUCUCGAGCGCUUUUAUGAGCCUACGGCCGGAUCUGUACGCCUCGAUGGACAUGAGCUGCAAGACUUGAAUCUGCAAUGGCUGCGGAGCCAGAUGGCCUAUGUUGGCCAAGAACCCACGCUGUUUAGCACGACCAUCUAUGAAAACAUUCGCCAUGGGCUGAUCAACUCGGGGGUUUCCGAAACUCCUGAACAGACCAAGGAACGCGUAAUCGCAGCCGCUAAGCUCGCCAGUGCCCACGAUUUCAUCUCGACUCUUCCGAAUGGAUAUGACACCGAGGUCGGUGAGAAAGGAAUCUCGCUUUCUGGAGGGCAACGCCAACGAAUUGCCAUCGCGCGUGCAGUCGUCUCAGGACCCAAGAUACUUCUCCUAGACGAAGCCACGUCCGCUCUCGAUACACGCUCCGAAAAGGCUGUCCAGCAAGCUCUAGACAACGCAUCUAAGGGCAGGACUACCGUCGUCAUCGCACACCGUCUAUCAACAAUUCGCAAUGCAGACAAUAUUAUUGUGAUGCAGGCUGGCGAGGUUAUGGAACAGGGAACACACAGCGUUUUGCUCGCCAAAAACGGCAUUUACGCUGACCUGGUCCAGAAGCAACAAAUCGUUGAUAGUGUUGGAGAUAAUGGGGACGCUGGCUCUGAAUCAGAAUCGGAUGAAAAAGUGCAGAUAGAGAGGGCUGAGUCUCGCGCAAAUCCCAACGCUGGAGAAAAAGGUGCCGGCAAUUCAGUAACGAUCAUCGAAGGAGAGGGAGAUUUGGCAACACAGAAAGAACUCAAACCCUCACUCUGGCUUGCAACCAAGGUCAUCCUGAAGCUCAAUUACCCGGAAAGGUGGCUACUCAUUGGGGGUAUGGUCAUGGCCUUUUUUGCCGGUUUCACCCUUCUGCUUCAAGCUAUUUGGUUCGCCGAGGUUCUGAGUGCCUUCUCACUAAAUGAUACCGAUCGCAUGGUCAGCCAAGUCAACCUUUGGUCUCUGCUCUUCACAAUGACUGGUAUUUACGCCUUCAUUGUAGCAGGGUCUAACGGCAUCUUCUUUGCAAUCUCGACGGAGCGCCUUGCCCGCCGUGUCCGCGACGUCACCCUGCGAAGUAUUCUGCGUCAAAAUAUUGCCUUCUUUGACGACAAAGCCCACGGUACAGGCGUGAUGGCGUCCAGGCUCAGUAGCAGCUCUUCCGAUCUCUCGGGACUAGGCGGCGCUGUCAUGGGCUGUAUCAUGACCUUCACGGCGACCAUUGCCAUCAGUCUUAUCCUGUGCUUGGCCGUCGGAUGGAAGCUCUCCCUCGUCUGCGCAGCUGUCAUCCCCUUGCUUACUGCCCUGGGUUGGGUACGUAUGGAAUUCAUCUCCGUCUUUGAUGGCAAGAUUCGUCUCGCCGGCGAGCGGGCUGCUACCUAUGCUAGUGAGGCCGUCGGCGCAAUCCGUACUGUUGCUUCUGGUGGACUUGAAGGCUAUGUGCUCGAAAGCUACCGAGAGAUACAGGCCGAGCAGGCUGCCAAAUCGCUACCUGCCAUCCUGCGCGCCUCUGUCUUUUACGCAGUAUCUCAAGGAAUAAACUUCCUUGCUGCAGCGCUCGUGUUCUGGUACGGUAGUGGUCUGCUCGCUAGCGGCGAGUAUACGCUGAAGCAAUACUACAUCUGUUUCAUCGGCCUGAUCUGGGGCAGCGGAAUCGCCGGUUCGCUCUUCAACUUUUCGCCAGACAUGAGCAAGGCCGCCCAUGCUGCUUGUGAUCUACAAACACUAUUCGACAGGACACCGGAGAUCGACUCGUGGGACGAAUCUGGUGAACACAUGGCCAAGGAGACCUGCCAAGGCCACCUAAAGUUUGAAGGCGUUUCGUUUGCCUACCCAUCAAGGUCCGACAUUACCGUGCUUCGCGAUCUCGACCUCGAUAUCCCCGCUGGCAAGUUCGUCGCGCUUGUCGGCGCCAGUGGCAGCGGAAAGACCACAGUACUGGGCCUUCUUGAGCGGUUCUAUGACGCGACUCGCGGUCGCAUCACGCUGGAUGGCCAGGAUAUCUCGGGUCUCAACAUCAAUGAAUACAGACACAUGUUCUCGCUCGUGAGCCAGGAACCGGCCAUCUACUCGGGAACCAUCCGCGAGAAUCUGACAACUGGCUUGGACCCUAAGAAGCCCGUGACCGAAGACGACAUUAUUGCCGCCUGCAAGGAUGCAAACAUCUACAGCUUCAUCACCUCGCUACCCGAGGGCUUCGAGACGGACGUCGGCUCGAGUGGCAGCAUGCUCUCAGGCGGUCAGAAGCAGCGUCUGACCAUUGCGCGUGCUCUGUUGCGCGCGGCGCCGAUCCUCAUCCUCGACGAGGCAACGGCUGCGCUUGACAGUGAUAGCGAGAAGUUGGUUCAGGAGGCGUUGAACGCAACGAGCCGAGGCCGUACGACGGUUGCCAUUGCCCACAGACUGUCUUCGAUCCAGCACGCCGACAUCAUCUACAUGCUUGACAGGGGUCAGGUGGUCGAGAAGGGUUCCCACGCGGAACUGGUGAAGAAGCGCGGCGCCUACUUCAAGCUGGUGCAGAUACAGGGUUUGUAA